AUGAAUACACUUGAAGCAGAAUAUUCUUUUCUAACACCAACAUGGAAAUUACCAUCGGUAACAACUUCAUCAAUUUAUCCUCAUACUUUUAGUACUUCACAUUUAUCUGACAUACCAACAUCAGGUCCACAUUGGACAUUAUGGAAUGGUACAACGUAUAAUUCACGAUAUAUUCCUUCAUAUGUUCCUUCAACAAACAUUCGUCGUAAUUAUCCUCUAUCAACAAAUUAUUCACGAGUAGGACCUGUUAUUAUGUCUCAACAACAACAAAAUUAUCAAUCACUUGGAAAUCUUUCUAUGCAAUCCGGUCCUUCUUAUUAUCAACAAACAAACAGUCUAUAUGGUGAUUAUACUAAUCCAGAAGAUGGUCUUAAUUUAACCAUCAGUGUACAUCCUAAUAAUGGAUAUGAAUCAUAUGAUAAAAAUUCUAAUUAUGGUCAAUCAAAACAACAAAUGUUUAAUCGUAGUUUAACAUAUUCAAAAAAUUCUCAAAAGAAUCGUCCACCAAUAAAUCAAAAACGACAUGUACAAAUAAUUGAUCAUAAUCGUCAAACACCAUCAACAGUUAUUAAUGAAAAUAUAUCUGAAAGAAAUAGUCGUGUUUCAAAUGCUGCUUCCUAUACACAUUAUACUCAUACACCUGAUCCAUAUAAAUCUCAAACAAAAUCUAAAACACCUCUGUCAAGUCAACAUCAUGAUCAGACAGAUGAAAGUAAACAUAGUCAUGAUGGAAAUAAUUUUAAAGUUCAUGAUUAUCUUUAUGGAUUGUCUGUACCUGAUCCUGGUAGUUAUACAAAUGCAUAUAAAUAUCAUCAACGUCGUUUACAAGAUGAAAAAUUAGGUCGUAAAUCAGUAGUUAGUGAAUAUCGAAGUUUUGCACGAAAUGGUGGUUUUGGUCCUGCUUUUGGAAAUACAAAUAAUCAAACAUACGACGAUAAAAUUGAUACUGAACAUAGAAGAAAAACUUAUUCAAAAGUUGUACAUGAUACAAAUCAAUAUAAAAUUGAAGAACAAAAACGUAUUCAAAAUCAACAAGAACCAAAAAAGAAUCGUCCAGCACCCGUACCUAAACAUCAACGGGCUCGUGAAUAUGCGAACAAAAUCGAAAGACCUCAUCAUAUGAAACCAGUGUAUGAUAAUAUGAGAUUACUACCACCAACAGCGACUGUUAUUAUUGAUCAAAUAUUUAAACCUUCACUUAUAGCAACAACAUCAACAAAUAAUAAUAAAACAAUGCCCGAAAGUCUAAAUCAUAUUGAUAAAAAUACCUCAAAAGAAGAAAAAUAUAAACAAAUAAUAAUUGAAAUAAAACAUUUAAUUCAACAUGAAAAUGAUUUAAUAGCAAAUCUUGCUAAUAUUAGUGCUAUUCUUAAAGAAAUAUUUUCUUUUUGGUGGGUUGGUUUUUAUUUAGUUAAAAAUAAUCAAUUGGUACUUGGUCCAUUUCAAGGUCCAUUAGCUUGUACAAGAAUUCAAUUAAAUAAAGGUGUUUGUGGUACAAGUUGGGGACAACGUAAAACAAUUGUCGUUAAAAAUGUUCAUGAAUUUCCUGGUCAUAUUGCUUGUUCAUCGGCUUCAUUAUCUGAAAUUGUAGUGCCUGUUAUUCGAACAUCAUCAAAUGAUGAACAAACACAAGUAUUAGGAGUAUUGGAUAUCGAUAGUGAAUAUGAAGCUCAUUUUGAUGAUGUCGAUCAAUAUUAUCUUGAAGAACUCGUGCGCGAAUGCAUUGAACCAUGUUUUAGUUAA